CGAAGCGAUUUAUCGUAGAUUGUUAUACAGUGUCCGCCUUUAAUAAUGUUGUGCUCUUUUAUUUGAAUUUUCCUCGUUUGUUAGCUAUUUGGCUAGGGCGCCUUGGGCGCCCCUAUAACGUAAAAAUUCAUUUUGGCGCCCUUGAUACUUGAUCGGCAGGUGGGGCAAUUGCCCCCCUUGCCCCCCUCCCAACACGCCACUGUUAUCUUCCACUUACUUUGUCUGUGUACCAUCUUAUUUAUACCUUUGUCUUUUUUUAGGUAAGAUGUAUAAUCAUAAUUGAUCUUUGCUUGGCAUAUUUUUCCCAUGUUGCAUUUUCAUAUUCACAUGUUAGCAUCGCCAAUUUUUUAUGACUGAAAGGGAAAUCUUGAAAUCAUGUUAGAGGCGUUCAUUCUACUAUACCUAUAACAUCUCUCAUUUGUCAUCCAAUUCAAUUAUUUUUCCCAACAACUUUUCAGUUACUGUAUGGAAAGCCAAUGAAAGUCAAAUUACUAUGCUGAUAAACGGGCUGGAUUCGGAACUCAUAAGAAUAGAGAAUUUAUUUUUAUUUUUAUUUAAUGUUGUUUAGAAUAACAGCUUUAUAAUGAAUGCAAGCUUGAGAUGUUUUUCCAUUCAACAACAGCAGCAAAUUUAAUAUUAGUCUUUCAACAGUAUCGUUAUCCGUGAAAUUUUGAUCAAACUUCAAGGUGCCACAUCACCAUCAUUUUUUAUCGCGCCAUUUAUUUUGAUUUAGAUCAAUAUUUUGUUUCUAUCAUUAUCUACUUUUAUAUUUUAACUGUUUGGCUUAUAUAUUUAACCCAAUAAACGUUAUUAAAAUUUUCUCGUUGGCACCAAAAUUGAAUAAUUACGAAUUGAGUUCCAGGUAACUACCGUUUUUCUGUCAUAAUUCAGUAAAUUUUCAUAUUUUGAGUUUUUUUGGUAACAUUGAGUAUUAAGUAAUUCGUUCUUAUUUUAAUAGCUUUGAUAAACCUGCAUUUGCAGCCUUUUGUUAAAUCGAAGAUGUUUUAUGAUUUUCUGACUGCCAAGAAUAUACAACCAAAAAGCUAACUGAAUAUUAAAUUACGUCAUGCUUAAAGUAUGUUUUCCUCGCAAGGGGUGAUCUUCCAAACGAGGCGAGUUCUGUUUUUUUCAUGGCGUCAUCCAAGCAUGCUUGGUGGUUCAACAGUUCCGCAUUCCCGUUAAAACGGGAGUUUAGCUUCUCACUUCUGUAUUUGCAAACAUAUGUUUCCAUCGCAACAGCCAGCAACGCUUUUCAACCAAAACCCCAAAAGUCAAAGUAUAUACAUUAAAAGUUUUCCGAAAAAUGAGUACCAUUAACUUAAUGCAGGAAGUAGGCUACCUGUCGACCAGACGUUGAUUUAUUUUAUUCCUAGGAGCUGUCUUUGCUGCACAUAUUAAAUGAUCUGUUUUUAACCAUCUAAAACAGAAACAAAGACGAUUUCUAGGCGAAAACAGCCAAAUCUAUUGGGGGUGAUCAGGAACGUAUUUAGGGAGGGGGUUGAAGGGUACCAAAUUUCGAACUGACAGUAAACCAACACUAGUUUUGUACUAACUUUGUACUAAUCUAUUGAUUACAGAAACUUUACAUUAUACGGUUCGGUUGUUUUCUUUCUUGCACAGUCUUUGCAAACGAACGACUCUUUCCGGGCAAAUUAUGCAGGCAAGAGAUAUUCGGUCUUGUAUUUUGUUAUGCUGUUCUCUGAUAAUUUUCAGCCCGUGGGUGUUGAAUUGCGAUUGGUCACUUAGUGGUUUUGAAUGUCUAUCUAAAUUUAGCCCCUAUAUAAGCUAUUACAUCACCUAAAAUGAAAAGCGGUGAUAGCUAGAGAUGUUGCAGUGCAAGGUGGACGGUUGUAGAAAGCGCACGCCAAUUUUUUCAAGUGUUCAAAUGCUGAAAAUAGUUUUGGAAGCCAAGCACUGCGAACGAACUGCAAAAUCGCUGCAAAUGCACUGCAAACUCAAACAUUAACGCACUGCAAAAUCACGGCAAACGUCAGUACUAUUUCACUUCAAAUGGGGCCGUUGAUGCACUAUGGGGUCGAAGAAAUUGAUCUCUUUUUAAAAGAAAUAGAAGAAAAGUCUGUACAGAAAUACUGUCAUACCGACGUUAGCAACACUAACAGCUGCUCACAAUACUGGCAAACUUUUCCAGGCGACAAGGAAAGUCAUCAUUAUGGGGUGAGAUGCAGAAAGAGCAAGUUUUAUGAGCGACAGCAGAACAUCAGCAUUGCAGAAACAGUGCCAGUCUUCACGUUACAAAGCAAAUUAACCCCGAGUCCAUCUAUACACUUCUUUUCUCCGACAAACUACAAGGAAAGCGUCGAGUGGUCCAUGGAUCGUAAUGCCAAGACGGAAGAUAGUGAGUUCGUUCGGCCGGAUGAGAAUACGAAGAUCCCGAGGAGCAACGUGAACAGCAGCUUUCGGUACAUCCCCGAGGACUCGUGCGACAGUGUCAUUAGCUUGGAGGAUGUUGAGGAUGAUGAUGAUGAUGACGAUUCCUCAGAGGCAAUCAAACCAUCAAACAGAUCGUUUCAAGGCCCUACACCAGGAAGAGCCGCUAAGCCACAAGAGCCGUCGGCUGUGGAGGAGCUUCAAGCCCUUAUGUUGUCUGUGCGAGAAGCAACUACCACUCCGAAGGAGAACCAGGACAAAUCCCAGGAUGGUAAAAAGAUAUGUAAAAUUGAAUCAUCCAUGGAGGUCGACUAUCAGAAGGAAAAAAGUGCUGUUACUGUUCCAAACUUAGAGAUGGUAGAGGAACCAGAGGAGUCAUACCGUGCUCGAUAUGAAAGCGAAGGAUGUCGUGGUCCUAUAAGGGGUGUAAGUGAAAAUGGAUUCCCAACUGUCAGGGUAAAUGGGUAUUCCGGAAGUGUCUUGAUGACUGUGUACCUUGUCACUGAAUGUGGUGAGCCACAUCUACAUUCGAUAACUGGUCCUGGAUCAACAAAGACCAUGUGCAAAGAGGUCACCCUUGAAGGAAAUGUCUCCGCUAUACAGACUUGGAUUGGUCCAGAGCAGAACAUGACUGCAGUUUGGGAUUCACUAAGCGUACGUCGAAUUCGCAACUGGGAUGCAGACAAGAAGCUGCGGGAAAGGGGCGACAACCCAGCCGCCUGGAAGGCGAAGAAGAAAGAGGCCCGGCUUAUGUUCCAAUGUAACGUACCGCAAACCACGGACCGGCCUGGUUACAUACUGACUUGCCAGUCAAGACCAUUUAUGUGCACUGCCCCGUCUGGUAACCCCGAAAUAUGGUGGAUUAGCGAAAACGAGAGUACUCCAAAUGGCGGAAAAGAGAUUGCAAUCAUUGGGAAAAAAUUUUCAACUGGUUUUCGUGUUCGGUUUUACGGAACCGAUUCUGGUGGGCUUUGGGAGGCAUAUGCUGAUGUGGAUAAAUCGAAAAGUCACCAGGGUGCCAUCGUUUUGAAAGUCCCCCAGUACAAGGCUUUGGACAUCGACAGGAAAAUUGAAGUUUUGGUUGAAGUUCGUGUUGGACCAGAAAAGGAUAAAAGAUGCAGUGAGUCGAUCGCCUUUUCAUACAAACCAGAUUCAAAUGCUGAAGCAAAGAGAAGUGAACCCUGCUCAUACUGCAAUUCUGUUAAAAGUGCUCUUUCCCAUUUGUUUGGGAAGGAUUCGAAAGCAUCAGAUCUAGCACAAGAAAGUGACUUGGCAUUUGAACCUGAGAAAAAAAGACCCCCUGCAAAAAUAGAAGAUUCGCCUAAUCGUCUGCAGUCACCAAAGGAACAACUAAGCCAAAAUGAAAGAGCGGGAAAUCUAGAUAAGGAUAUUCAAAUGUCAGAUAUAUCAAAGCAAGAACAUGAGCGGCAGCGGAAAGAUUUAGAGAAGGGCGAAGGCUAUUUCCAAGAAGUCAAGGAAAAGUCAUCAAAUGUUGCACACUCAAGAUUGUUUCAAAAUCAAAUUGGACAGAAUGUGUCAGACUCUGCUCUUGUCCAUUUGCUUCUUCAAAGCCAAACUGCCGGCGCGAAUGUGCCACUGAUCCAUGGGACUGUGCCAUCAACCAUUAAUAGUGUCAUAUCACUAGUCUCUGCUGUUCCUUCCGGGACAAUUUCCAUACCCUCUCAGGCAACUGCACCUGUAGCUGUGCCGCAGCUGAUCGGCUCAACGCAGACGAAAUUGCAUACAGGCCUCUCUGUGCUUGCGACACCUCAAAAUGUAACAUUGCUGCCAAAUAGUAUGCCAAACGUCCCUGAACGGCCAGUCCGAGUCUGCGUUUUAAACAGCCAGUCGGCAGCUGCAACAUAUGGCCUCAGUAAUGUAUUCACGUCGGCGAGGAUCAUCUCCUCCAGUGGAGCUUCUCAUAACAUCCCAGCGCACUUGCAAGUAAGUGGUAUUACGGCCCCAAUCAACAUGAAUGUCACGACUUCCUUCAGCGGAGCCAAAAGCCAAGAAUACAUUGUCAUCCCUGGCAUGACAUUAGUGGAUGGGGCAGGGCUUUCAUCCCUCAAAAAUGAUGUGAACGAAAGCAAAGCUGUUAGGGCUGCAAGCGUGAGCUGCUUUCAGCCUCAAAUAGGCAGUUCCUGGAGCCUGUCAGAGAAACCACAAAUGUCCACUACGUCGGUUCAGCCGAUGACCACCGUUCGGUCGCAGCCUGGUUUGAUCAACCAAAACUCGGUACUCGCACAGGGGUCGGUCACCUCAAACGCUGUCUUUCUACUGUCCCAAAGACCUGUCGCGUCAGCUUCUAUUAAUCUUCCAGCUUCUGUUGCUUUUUCUGGGAAUGCAUCGAAUAUUCUUCAAACCCAGUUUCAAAAUAAUAAUAUCCAGCAACAAAAAGAACAACUCUCUACAACAGCCCAGAAUGCUUUUGCUAGUAACUACUCAAUUGCCAACAGUACGACAAUGCCUGGAAUGCAAACUAGCUUGCCAGCGCGUACUAUAUCUGCUUUGAAUACCAUGUCUCAACCAAUGUUUGUGCAGAAUGUUAUGUCUGACGGUCUGAUAACUCCUAGCUCAUCUGUUAUGGAAAGCCCUAGUGUUGCUGUAAACGUCUUAGGCCCAGUAAGUGCUUAUCAAAGCGCAGCCCCUACAAACAAUGUGUUUCAAGCUUUGGCAAGUAACGUUACUGUUGCCAUGCCUCUUUCUCAGAACUCCUGGCCACAGUCCACCAACCCGCCUGCAUACAACCAAGCAUUUUCAAGCCCAUCAACAAAAGUCGACCAGGCCUUUGAUAAUCAACUACCGUCUACGUUUCAAACCCCAACCAAUCAGCAACAGUUUAGCCCUAUGCUAAGUAAUGCAACAGUCCAAGCCUUGUUAGCUAGCCAGCCUUUAUUGCAGAAAACAGAACAACCGUAUAAUGCUCUUCCUAUUAGCCAGGAGGUGAGUUUUCAAGAUGUUACAGGAUUCACAUCAUGUGUGUCAUCUUCUCUACCAAACACUAGCAUGCAAGUGACUCCAAGUUUUAGCGAUAAUCCCGGACCAACAAGCGGACAGAUAAUUGGAGAGCAAAUCCAAGAAAAGGAGAGUAUCUUGGCUCAUGAUUUAAAUCGUUUGUCGGUGGUAGGCAGCCUCGCACAAUCAAACGCUUUCUCGUCAGAGCCUAGAAAUAUUCCAAGAAGCAUGACACAUUUCAACCCAGGUUUAAGUGGUGUAUCGCCAUCUCUGAGUGAUCCUCAGCCAAUGUCUUUGACAGACGACAGUCUUACAGAGGUAAUUGCAGACUUCAUGAAACAGCCUCCUGCAAAUGAGAUGGAUAAGCCUGCAAUUGGCGCCGAGCACCAACAUCAGCAGCUGGUCAAUUCAUUUUUAGUUCCUCAAUUGCGAAACGCCGAAAAGCAGAACGAGACUUCUAGCCAAUUUAUUCCGUAUUCUCAUGAAGAAGCAAUGAACACAGUAAAUAAGUAUAUUGUUGGCGAGGACGCAAUGUUUAGUGGGCCUGAUCUAAGUAAAAGCUCCAAUUCAAGUGUAUGGACAGAUGGGAUUCAGUCCAUUGUAACACCACAAACCUCUGCGAUGUCGCUUGCCAGUUCAUCUGCAAUUAACACUUCGAUGUGGAACCAGCCGAGUCACAUGGUGCAGAGUCAGUCAGAUAUUCAAGGAAGAAAAAGUGACAGUAUCGUAAUAGAUGGAGACAAGCUUCAAAAGUCGGGCUUUGUUUCGGAUUAUGUUGAUGAAGAAGGAACCAUGCGUUCAGCUGUGUAUGAGAGCGUUGGAAGCAAUCCAUACACGGCUGUUGAUAAAUCCUCGCAACAGCAAACGAACAUACAUCUGCAAGAGGCAUUGGCAGCUAAAAUGACACAAAUGCCGAAUUCAACGGAGCAGCAAGCUGCAUCAGUGUUGCCUGCAGCCCAAUACGGCCAUGUUCAGAACCAAAGUACUGUUGACUUGGGUGUGAUAUCAUCAGGCCAGGAGGCUUACUAUGAGAAUCAAAAUUUCAGCAACAUAAACAGUAUGGCGGCCUCACAGCACUACCCAUUGCAUGACAGUACAUCAGGUAGCGCAGAGGGCAAGUUGCAACUGCAAACACAAUCAGAUACACCAAAUUUUAAUCACCAGCCACCGGUAAAUGAACCUCAAAACCUGCUGUCGCAAAACAAAUGUGAGAGCCUGUCCCGCGUUAAUGCUCCGAUGAUUUUAGAGAGUCAUGCAACACCUGGAAGUGCUUCAGAGCUGGAACAGGCGAAACUAGAGCUCAUAAGGGACACAGGCCUAUUGGUGGCAGAAGGAACCCUGAAUCAGAGAGAGGCUGAGAGUCUCUAUGCAUCUGUUCAGCGAAAUGACAGCUUGUUGUUGGAGAUGUAUCGUACGAGCAAAAAGGACAGUGAGAGUCGCGCAAAUGUGGUUGAAAUUCUAAAGCACUGGGUGAAUCAAUUCGUCUAGCUUCUGCACUCAGGAUGAAUCUCACCUCGUGCCACGUAACACAAGCUACCGAGUCAGCCAUCAGAGUAGGAUGCUCCUAGAAGUAUUCUAAUUGAAUUUAUUAGCUGUUUUGAAUAGCUAGUCGAAUUCAGCUAAUACUUAACUAUUGAUACAUGACUCUUAUUGGCAAAAUCUAACUGGCGCUGAUAAAUUUGUAAUGGUUCCUUUGAGCGGUUAUUUGGUAAGCUGAAUACCAUUUUCGUGAUCGCGGCUCGACCUUGCAUUUGGCUUCCUAGAUUAGGCCUAUACUGGGCGUUGCAGCUGCUGCCGUAUUCAUGUUAGCCUCGCUUUCGCAAACGCUCAUUUUAUGCUUCGGCUUCUUGUUAAUGACGUUUUGUUCCUUUGUGUUCAUUGAACUGGCCAAUGUAUUCCCUAUUGGUUACAGGAGCUUUUGAAUAACAGCGAGCAGCGAACGAAACUUUUUUGUAUCGGCAUAUGGUACUUUGCUAUCAGUUUAGUUACAGCUUGCGCAUAAACAAUCUUACGUUCAUAGCUUAAAUUCCGUGUUUAUUUGUUGCUGUAAUCGUUUUGUGGAAAUCACAGUAUUUCGUUUAUAUUUUUUCAUUAACGCACUUGAAUAAGAUUUUUGUUACGAUUUUCCGAUACUUUACACCCCAUUUAUUGUUUUCAGUGCUUUCUCAAAAGAGCUCUUUUUGUAACCCAAUGCCCUUAAGUGUUUCCCGCCAGCAUACACGUACUAUCUGCAAUCUAUUGGUAUUAAUCCCUUCCCUUUUAAAUGGUGGCUUUCCUUUAAUAUCUGCUGUUGUCCUGUCCUAUUUACCUGUCUGUUGACUCGCCUCCAUUGCAUCAAAGAUUCUAAACCCCGCAUCUACAAGUCAAUGUCAAGCUUCUGCUCUGUCAAUUGUGCUUAAGGAGUAAAAUUGUUAACAACAGAAUUUUCAAUAAUUAAAGUUUGAUGCUUAUAUUUCUAUUGAUUAUUGAAAAUAUCCAAAAAUUUCCUGAAACCUUAAGAAUUUGGACAAAAUUUAUAGUGUUCGUUGUACGUUUUUGUAUCUUUUGAUUAGGGCUAGCCUUUUUCGGCCAAUCUUCUUACUCUGUCUGUGAUUUACACUCUUUUUCAAGUGGAUAUUUGUGAAAGGUUCAGCAGAUUUUCCAUUUUUUAAACUGAGAAGGCAAAUGCAAUUUCAGUUUCAUUCCAAAACAUCAUAAAGACAUUUUGAAGGUCAAAGUAGUUUGCAAAAAUCAUUUAGUAGUCAUACAGGCCCAUACAGCAAGUGACAAUCAUUGUAAUAGUCCCAUAAUAUGAAAUGAAUAUUCUCUGUCAACAUGAUAUAAUUAAAUAAUAUGAUGUAGAUGGUUUACCCUGUCACUAUAUAUCGACCUCUCUUAAAACCUAUUUGAUAAACGCACGAAAUUUCAGAUCAAACAGGAUUUUGUUUAUUUAUUUAAUUUGUAGUUCUACAAAGCAUAUUUGUAUUCGUUUGACGUUGCAUCUUCAUUUUAAUGUUCAUGUGUAGCAUAUUUCUAUG